CGCGCCCGCAUGGGCCCACGCUGAGGGCCCCGACCGAGAGUCCCGCGCGGGGAGUCGGCGUCUGCCCUCUCUGGGCGGGUUCAGACCUGGGGGGGCUAGUGCCCCCCAAACUCGGAUCGGAUCCAACCCGAGAGAGACGGCGCCAUGGAACUCCGGGCUCUGCUUUGCUGGGCUUCGCUCGCCGCCGCCUUAGAAGAGACCCUACUGAACACAAAACUGGAAACUGCCGAUCUGAAGUGGGUCACGUUCCCUCAGGUGGAGGGGCAGUGGGAGGAGCUGAGCGGCCUGGAUGAGGAGCAGCAUAGUGUCCGGACCUAUGAGGUGUGUGAUGUGCAGCGGGCGCCGGGCCUGGCCCACUGGCUGCGCACCGGCUGGGUCCCGCGCCGAGGAGCCGUCCACGUGUACGCGACACUCCGCUUCACCAUGCUCGAGUGCCUCUCCCUGUCGCGGGCCGGGCGCUCUUGCAAGGAGACCUUCACCGUCUUCUACUUCGAGAGCGAUGCUGACACGGCCACAGCCUUCACGCCGGCCUGGAUGGAGAACCCCUACAUCAAGGUGGACACAGUGGCCGCUGAGCACCUGACCCGGAAGCGCCCUGGGGCCGAGGCAACUGGCAAGGUGAACGUCAAGACACUGCGUCUGGGCCCACUCACCAAGGCUGGCUUCUACCUGGCCUUCCAGGACCAGGGAGCCUGCAUGGCCCUGCUGUCUCUGCAUCUCUUCUACAAGAAGUGCGCCCAGCUGACCGUGAACCUCACCCACUUCCCGGAGACUGUGCCUCGGGAGCUUGUGGUGCCCGUGGCAGGGAGCUGUGUGGCUGACGCCGUCCCUACUCCCGGCCCCAGCCCCAGCCUCUACUGCCGGGAGGAUGGCCAGUGGGCCGAGCAGCCGGUCACAGGGUGCAGCUGUGCUCCCGGGUUUGAGGCCGCCGAGGGGAACACCCGGUGCCGAGGGAUGCAGGGCUGUCCUCAGGAUGGCGGGGCCUUGUUGGGCUCUGAGGACAAAGGCAUCAUGGGUACAGAGGGCCCCAGCAGCGUGCGGUUCCUGAAGACGUCGGAAAACCGGGCAGAGCUGCGGGGGCUGAAACGCGGAGCCAGCUACCUGGUCCAGGUGCGGGCACGCUCCGAGGCCGGCUACGGGCCCUUCGGCCAGGAGCACCACAGCCAGACCCAGCUGGACGAGACCGAGAGCUGGCGGGAGCAACUGGCCCUGAUCGCAGGCACGGCAGUUGUGGGUGUGGUGCUGGUCCUGGUGGUCAUUGUCAUUGCUGUUCUCUGCCUCAGGAAGCAGAGCAAUGGGAGAGAGGCUGAGUACUCGGACAAACACGGACAGUAUCUCAUCGGGCACGGGACUAAGGUCUACAUUGACCCCUUCACUUACGAGGACCCUAAUGAGGCUGUGAGGGAAUUUGCAAAAGAGAUCGAUGUCUCCUAUGUCAAGAUCGAGGAGGUGAUCGGCGCAGGCGAGUUUGGCGAGGUGUGCCGGGGGCGGCUCAAGGCCCCGGGGAAGAAAGAGAGCUGUGUGGCCAUCAAGACCCUGAAAGGGGGCUACACGGAGCGACAGCGGCGGGAGUUCCUAAGUGAGGCCUCCAUCAUGGGCCAGUUCGAGCACCCCAACAUCAUCCGCCUGGAGGGCGUGGUCACCAACAGCGUGCCCGUCAUGAUCCUCACCGAGUUCAUGGAGAACGGCGCCCUGGACUCCUUCCUGCGGCUGAACGAUGGGCAGUUCACCGUCAUCCAGCUGGUGGGCAUGCUGCGGGGCAUCGCCUCGGGCAUGCGGUACCUUGCUGAGAUGAGCUACGUCCACCGAGACCUGGCCGCCCGCAACAUCCUGGUCAACAGCAACCUUGUCUGCAAGGUGUCCGACUUUGGGCUUUCCCGGUUCCUGGAGGAGAACUCUUCUGAUCCCACCUACACGAGCUCUCUGGGUGGAAAGAUUCCCAUCCGAUGGACAGCCCCUGAGGCCAUUGCCUUCCGGAAGUUCACAUCUGCUAGUGACGCCUGGAGCUACGGGAUUGUGAUGUGGGAGGUCAUGUCAUUUGGGGAACGGCCAUACUGGGACAUGAGCAAUCAGGAUGUGAUCAAUGCCAUUGAACAGGACUACCGGCUGCCCCCGCCCCCAGACUGCCCCACUUCCCUGCACCAGCUCAUGCUGGACUGUUGGCAGAAGGACCGGAAUGCACGGCCCCGCUUCCCCCAGGUGGUCAGCGCCCUCGACAAGAUGAUCCGGAACCCGGCCAGUCUCAAAAUCGUGGCCAGGGAGAAUGGCGGGGCCUCACACCCGCUCCUGGAUCAGCGGCAGCCUCACUACUCAGCUUUUGGCUCAGUGGGUGAGUGGCUUAGAGCCAUCAAGAUGGGACGAUACGAAGAAAGUUUCGCAGCCGCUGGCUUUGGCUCCUUCGAACUGGUCAGCCAGAUCUCUGCUGAGGACCUGCUCCGAAUUGGAGUCACUCUGGCGGGACACCAGAAGAAAAUCCUGGCCAGUGUCCAGCACAUGAAAUCCCAGGCCAAGCCUGGAGCCCCAGGUGGCGGGGCGGGAGCACCAGCCCCCCAGUACUGACCUGCACCUGCUUGUCUGGCCCCACCGCUCCGGAGCGGCAGGAACUCCUGGCUGGGGACACAGCUCCCCUUCUUCCUGGGGCAGAGUCGGAUGGGGACCCAAGAGGCCGCCGUACCUGGGCCCCACUGGAUAGCACUUUGAACCCGUGGGGGUGGGGAGCUGGCAAUUUGGAGAGACAGGAUUUGAGGAUUCUGCCAUAGGAGUGUAGAAAUCAUCACAUGCCCCCCAGGCGGGAAGCCCUUCCCUCAGGAUUGGGUGUGACCAGAGGGAAAGGGAGCGCCUCUAAUCUGCCAGCUUCCCAGGGGUGGUUGGGCUCGAAUCCCACAGCCUCCCUCUGAUCCCCAGUUAGGGCCCCACGUGCCCCUCCUCACCUGGAAGGGCCGAUGCACUGCCCUACAGACCAAAGAGAAGAGGGUGACUAGCCUGUGAGCUCGGGAGUGGAGCGCACCCGUCGUGGCGGGAGGCGGGAAGGGGCGUUGUGGCCCAGUGACAAAAUCAUUGGACCCAGAUGUCCCCAACCUUGCUGCUGUCUUCCCGAACUCAGUUUUCCCUUGUAAAUGCCCCUCCCCCAUCUGCUGCCUUCAUAUUGAAGGUUUUUGAGUUUUAUUUUUUGUUUCUGUCUUAUUUUUUCCUCCCCCCCCCCCAUUUUUUGUCGUUGUUUCUUGUCGUUUUGUUUUUCUACUGUCCUUGUCAUAACUUUCUGUGUUGGGGGGGGGAACCUGUUUCGGUAUUGCCUCCUUUGCCUAGGGUGAAACAGGGGCUCAUCGUCCUGUUUCCGAACAGUGCCUGUGGUCGCACCGCAACUCCCAGACACUUUCCUGCCCCCAAGUAGCCCCAAGCUGUGUCCGUGAGGGGGUGUGGGGGGGGGGUGAUGUGGUGGUGGAAACCAGAGACAGACACUGGUGCUUGGA